AUGACUCAGUUGUUUCAAACAGAAAUAGUUUACUAGUCGAUUCAUAAUGGCGGUUAAACAUCUGAAACUCUUUGGGAUUGUUUCAUUGGUUUUGCUGUUGACGGUGAUCAUAUCUGUAAUUGCUAUCAUACUAUCGAUGCCGGAUGUUGAGACUAUUGAUGGAAAUAAAGAGAUCUGUUUUAAGGCCGAAAAUGGUGAAAUAGAAUGUGGACCAACAGUUGAUAAAAUUCACCUUCUAUUCGAAACGGAACUACCAGUAAUUUAUAACGAUUUGUUGAAGAAGGAAAAAGAGGAUACGGUGAAAUAUAUUAAAGAACAAGACAUUCAACUGCAAAAUCCUUUCGAAGCCCAACUGGAGAUGAAACCCUCCGCCCGCCUUGUUGGUGCCCGGGAUAUCAAGCAGAGCUCAGAUGAUGCUGCGAUGACAACGGUCCGUUCGUGGCGCCAUGACAAAGACCUUCACUACACGGACGGUUUCCAACGCUACGGAAUACGUUACCAAAACGGUCGAAUGAUAGUUCCUCUAUCUGGCACAUAUAGCGUCCACUCAUUUUUAACGCUCCGGGAAAGAAUCAACGGGGAGCUCGCAGAACAACAAGUGGCUCCAAUACGUCACUCCAUGUAUAGAUUCAACGUCCUUUCGAGUGACGAAGAGAUCGGCUCCUGUAUUCAGUCUCGCAAGAAUUCAUCCAUCGGAAGCUAUAAUUACUACAGCAGUCAGGUGUCCACUGUUCUCCGUCUGAACGCGGGAGAUGAAAUCUCUGUGAAGAUAAACGAUGUGUCCUUGGUUGACAAGCCGGAAGAAAAUUUCUUUGGAGUGAAUAUGAUUUAGGCGCUCGAUCAAUUACGAGACUCAAUGAUAUUUAGUUAAUUUCUGAUCCUAUUUGAUGUGACGACAAUGCAACAGGUGUUUCUAUGUGUAUACUGUCAAUCUGCUUGUCGUUUAAACUGUUUUCUUGGAAUUGUACUGUUAUACUUGCAAUGAUGUUUUCCGUGGAUACUCCGAAUGUUUAAUACACCCAGUACAUGAAUUUUUGCCACAUUUAGCCAUGAAUGUUGUUUAUUGGUUAUUUGGUAACAGUAACCGUUUAGGUUAUAAAAUGUCACAUGCUAUAGAUAUACAUUACGACUUUAAGCAAUAAGUUAUUCUGUGUCCAAUUUCUCGAACAACUUUAGGGUUAUUAAAAGCUUAAGUAUGUUAUGUCAUUAAGUCAAAUAAACAAAUAGUUUUACGUAAACCCUUUUGAAAGGGACUUAAACUUGUAAGAGACAUUUGAGCAAGGUUGUUUCCCGAUAUAAUACUUUGUAUUCCACAUCGAGUAUAUAAAUAGUAACACAGUCAUUUGUACCGUUUAGUAUUGUGUAUAUAAUAAGCAGGCGUUUUGUUAAUGAGCUGUAAGUAUUUAUAUUGUUUAAGAUAAUUCUGCUAUUGUUUAUAAUAUACGGAACGCGAAUUCUGUGAUAUGUUGACAGUGUAAUUGCUAUGGAGUUUUCUAUUGUUUUAUUUCAUGUUGUAGUGAGAUAUAUGUUUUAAACAAAUAGUAAGUCAUCUUGCAAUGUAAUAUCCAUUUUUUAAUUUGUAUGUUCGUUUCAUAGCUCUCCUGUGCUUUUCAACUGAAUUGCCUGAUCUAACGAUGAUUAUAACAUCGUCCUCUCGUUAUUAAGAUGGUCAGAUUGUGAAUAUUGAAGCCGUUAGACUACAAUACAUUGUUGUUGCAAAAUUCCCAUCUGUUUGAGGGACAAUGUUUGCUAACGAUCGCCGUUGUAAUGGACAUACUGCCAAACCACCGUGGUAUAAACAUUCUUAACUGGUAAAGCAACAGAGAGUUUUCCUAGUUUCGUGAUAAGCCUGGACACUCGUACUUGGAGUCAAUAUGUUCUUUCGUUAGACAAAGUAGGUAACUUAAUCCGAUUUAGCGUCAUGUCAUUUGUCAUGCAUAAAACGUCCGUAUAUGGGACCGGUGUGCGAGUGUCUGAACAGAAUAAUAAUUCCUAAACCAUUCUAAUAAAUCGUCAUGUAAAUUCGUAUGUGUCUGUAUUUGUUGCUUUUCUUAUAUCUAUUUUUUGUUAGUGUUUGUUAUCAUCAUUUAAUCAAUAUCACAUUAUUUUAAGAAUGAUUUGCUUGGCUGAAUAAAAUCAUGUUAUGAAA